AAAAGUAUUUCAUGAGAAUAUUUCAUUCAUUCAGAUCUAGGAUGUGUUAUUUUAGUGUUCCCUUUAUUUUUUUGAGCAGUGUACAAAACUGCUUUCAAAAGUGUUUUCCCACAAUUGCAUCAAGAAUUGUUGUGCAUUGACAAGUUCCCCUCCUAUGGCUCUCGCAACAUAAAUGUGCCUCGAGAGUAAUAUUUAUCUCGCAUAGAGCAUACAACAAGCCGACUAGGUAAAUAGGUCAACUAUGAGGUUGUCUAAUUUUGUUUUAAUAACAACAUUACAUGGCAAAAAUAGAAGCAUUGGAAAGUUACAUCCUGAGUGAUAAAGUAUAGGCUUACCACCAUUUUGGGAUUUUUCUGACAAUUUAGGAUGUUGCACACCCUUGGCUGAAUGCAUGUGUACCAUCCUAAGGUGUCUAAAAAUGAGUGACGUUACAUUUGCAUUUUCAAACCGUGUGUUGCAAACUGCUUUCAAACACCAACCUCAACUGUAUCAGUAAGUACGGUGUCCAGUAAAUAUUUUGUACAUAUAGUUUCACCUGACCGGUAGAUUAGGGAACAUUCAGGGACAUGAGGAGAAGGAUGCGACUGCAGCCUGCAAUUCGGGGCGUUCCUUCAUGUAGGAAUUCCUGCAUCUGCAGGAACCCCUCUUUAUACUUCUAUUGGUCCAUCUUUAGGCUGACUCCAGUACAUUGGCAGUAUGCAGGGACGCUCCACUACAGUAGGUGGCAGUAAUUUAUGUUGGAUGCCAACCACUGAUAAACCCCACAAAAGAAGAGGAGACGUGUGACAACAGUAGCUAGCUGUUCUCCCGCAGUUCUGUUAACGGUGAGCGCAGGUGUUCGGCAGGCGGGAGGGAAGGACACUGUCCAAACUCAGAUAAUACUUUUAUUUCCCUUUUGACCCACAUUAAAAAGUGUAACACAAAUAUGAAGAUGUCGUGCUUGAGAGGGACAGUUCAUGCAGGAACCAAUGGGUUGCGCAGGGUGCGGGGCAUUCCAGCAGAUGCAGCGGCUAGCCAUUAAAGCUAGUUACGGAGGACAAUGAUGCCCUUGCAGCCUGAAUGGAGGAUGCUUUAUGUACGAGCCGGUCCACAUGGAACACGAGUGUAUUACCGGGAAUGCACAGACAAUAGUGCAGCUCCAGAACCCACUAUCGGCUGCCUAGGCUAACAUGUGCUCAGCCCCCACCUUCACUCCCUAUUCACCCAUGACUGCGUGUCCACGCACGUCUCCGACUCGAUCAUCAAGUUUUUUGGAGACUACAGUUACCAACAACAACAAGAAAGCCUACAGGGAGGAGGUGAGAGUGUGGUGCCAGGAAAAUAACCUCUCCCACAAUGUCAACAAAACGAAGGAGCUGAUCGUGGACUACAGGAGACCGAGAAAGCACAGCCCCAUCCAAAUCGACGGGGUUGCAGAGGAGAGGGUCAAAAGCGUCAAGUUCCUCGGCUUGCACGUCCCUGACGACCUGAAAUGGUCCCUUCACACAGACCGUGUGGUGAAGGAGGCACAACAGCACCUCUUCAACCUCUGGACCCUCACAAACUUCUACAGAUGCACCAUUGACAGCAUGCUGGCAGGCUGUAUCACCUCCUGGUACGACAAUUGCACUGUCCGCAGCCGCAGGGCUCUCCAGAGGGUGCUGUGGUCUUCCCAACGCAUCACCAGGGGCCUGCCCUUCAGGACAGCUACAGCACCCGGUGUCACAGAAAGGCCAAGAAGAUCAUCAAGGCCCUCAGCCACCCGAGCCAGGGCCUGUUAUCCCCGCUACCAUCUAAAAGGCAGAGCCAGUAUAAGUGCAUCAAAGCUCGGACCGAGUGACUGAUUUAACAGCUUCUAUCUCCAGGCCAUCAGCCUGUUAAACAGUCACCACUAGCUGGCCUCCGCCCAGUACCCUGCCCUGAACCUUAGAGUCAGGCCGUGUCAGAGGAAGACCCUAAAAAUUGUCAAAGACUCUAGCCACCCAAGUCAUAGACUGUUCUCUCUGCUACCGCAUGGCAAGCGAUACCGAUGCCCCAAGUCUGGAACUAACAGGACCCUGAACAGCUUCUAACCCCAAGCCAUAAGACUGCUAAAUAGUUUGUCAGGGUAGCUAUUUGGUUAACUAAUUAACUAUCUGCAUUGACCCUCAUUGCACUAACUUUUUUUGACUCAUUACAUACGCUGCUGCUACUGUUAAUUAUGCUUAGUCACUUUAUUCCGUAGUUUUUGAAUCGGUACUGGUACCCCGUGUAUAUAGCCAAGUUAUCGGCGAGGCAGGUAGCCUAAUGGUAAAAGCGUUGGACUAGUAACCGAAAGGUUGCAAGAUCGAAUCCCGGAGCUGACAAGGUAAAAAUCUGUUGUUCUGCCCCUGAACAACGUAAUUAACCCACUGUUCCCCGGUAGGCCGUCAUUGGAAAUAAGAAUUUGUUCUUAACUGACUUGCCUAGUUAAAUAAAGGUAUAUAUUUUUUUCUAUCAUUGUGUACGUGUUAUUACUUUUUAAAAUUAUUUCUCUAUUUUCUCUCAGCAUUGUUGGGAACAGCCCAUAGGUAAACAUUUCACUGUUAGUCUACACCUGCUGUUUACGAAGCAUGUGAUGAAUAAAAUUGUAUUUGCUGCCCUAUGUACAUAUCGUCAUUGAACACUGGUCACUUUAAUAAUGUUUACAUUGGAUUAGUGAUAAGGUUCCUUCUAUUAAAGAUUGGCAUAAGAUACUAUUUGAAUGGGUGCCUCUGGAAUAUCUGACAUGUACAUUGCAUUCUAAAAGAGACCAGUUCUACAAAGUAUGGGAACCUUAUCUAAAUUACCUAGAACCUGAGGUAUCAGCUAUUAUGCUGCAAGGAUUCUCGUAGAAUGACGGGCAUGUAUGUAUUUCAGAACUACACUGUACGUUCCAUGUGUGGAACCUAACCUCUUGGUUUAAACUGAGCUUUUUUGUUUAAUUUCUGUUUGUAAGUUUGUUUAAAAUGUAUGUAUUGAGAGACGCAAUGAUGGUGAUGGGGUGAGAGAAGCUUUCUGUGUGCUUUGUCUCUGUUGUUGUAUCUCUUAAUAUGGGUGAAAAUUGUAAAAUUCCAAUAAAAAUACUGUUA